UAUUUGGGUCAGAUGAUUAUUACCCACAAGAAAGAUCCUCAUUGUAAAGAAUAUGGAAUAAAAUUUUGUCUGACCCCGGUCCCUGUUACAGAACCAACUAUUCUUAAAGAAUCCCAUAAUAGAGAUAAAAGUGGGAAGAGCUUUUGUCCAACCUCAGUCCAUGUUACGGAACAGACUAUUCCUGAAGAAUCCCGUAAUAGAGAUAGAAGUGGAAAGAGCUCUAAGCCUUCUUCAGAACAAGUCAAAAGUAAAAAAGGUUCUUCAAGUAAGAAACUCUUUGAGUGUAAUGAAUGUGAGAAAAGUUUUGUCCAAUAUGCACAAUAUACUCAACAUCAGAGAAUUCAUUCUGGAGAGAAACCAUAUAAAUGUGGCGAAUGUGGGAAAGCCUUCAGCCAGAGUGCGUGCCUUACCAGACAUCAGAGAAUUCAUACUGGAGAGAAACCCUAUGAAUGUAAAGUAUGCAGAAAAUCUUUCAGUCGGGUUUCCUCCCUUACUCAGCAUCAUAGAGUUCAUACUGGUGAAAGACCCUAUGAAUGUAACGAAUGUGGAAAAGCUUUUAGUGACAGCUCAUCACUUACUAAACAUCAAAGAAUUCAUACUGGAGAAAAACCUUAUAAGUGUAAUGAAUGUGAGAAAGUCUUUAGCCGACGUUCAAAACUUAUUCAACAUCAGAGAGUACACACUGGGGAGAAACCCUAUGAGUGUCACGAAUGUGGAAAAGCCUUCAGGUGGAGUAACUACUUUAACGAACAUCAGAGAAUUCAUAGUGGAGAAAAACCAUAUGAAUGUCCUGAAUGUGGAAAGUCCUUCAGACAAAGUAGAGAUCUUGGUCAACAUCAGAGAAUUCAUACUGGGGAGAAGCCAUAUGAAUGUAAUGAAUGUGGGAAAACUUUCAGAUGGGGUACACACCUUACUGAACAUCAAAGAAUUCAUACUGGAGAGAGACCUUAUGAAUGCAACGCAUGUGGAAAAACCUUCAGGCAAAGUGGACAGCUUACUAAACAUCAGAGAAUUCAUACUGGAGAGAAACCUUAUGAAUGUAAUGAAUGUGGGAAAACUUUCAACCAGAGCAUAUGCCUUACUCGACAUCAGAUAGUUCACACUGGACAAAAACCCUACAGAUGUAAAGAAUGUGGAAGAUCUUUCAGUCGUAUUUCCUCCCUUACUCAACAUCAGAAAAUGCACUGUGGAGAGAAAGCUUAUGAGUGUGAUGAACGUGGGAAGGUCUUCAGUGACACAUCGUCACUUACUAAACAUCACAAAAUUGAUAAAGGAAAGAAGAUCUAUGAAUGCAAUGAGUGUCAGAAAGCCUUCAGCCGGAAUGCCCAUCUUACUCAACAUCAGAGAAUUCAUACCGGAGAGAAACCCUAUUCUUGUGCUGAAUGUGGGAAAGCUUUUACCUGGAGGACACACCUUAUUCGACAUCAGAGAAUUCAUACUGGAGAGAAGCCUUAUGAAUGUAAUGCGUGUGGCAAAGCUUUCAGACGUAGUACACAUCUUACUGAACAUCAGAAAAUUCAUACUGGAGAGAAACCCUAUCAAUGUAACGAAUGUGGAAAAGCCUUCCCUCGGAGUACAGAUCUCACUCAGCAUCAGAGAAUUCAUACUGGAGAAAAGCCCUAUGAAUGUAAUGAAUGUAGAAAAUCUUUCAGGUGGAGUACAGCACUUACUCAACAUCAGAGAAUCCAUACUGGAGAGAAGCCCUAUCAAUGUAGGGAGUAUGGGAAAGACUUCAGGUGGAGUACAGCCUUUGCUCAACACCAGAAAUUUCAUACUGGAGAAAAACCCUAUGAGUGUCCUGAGUGUGGAAAAGCCUUCAGCCAAGUUAUUCAUCUCAUCCAGCAUCAGAGAAUCCAUACCGGAGAGAAACCCUAUAAAUGCAGCGAGUGUGGGAAGGACUUCAGACGGAGCACACAUCUCACUGAACAUCAGAAAAUCCACACUGGAGAGAGAGCCUAUGAAUGCAGAGAGUGUGGGAAAGCCUUCAGGUGCAGCUGGGCGUUGAUCAGACAUCAGAGGUUUCACAGUGCAGAAUAACCCUGGGAGUGUAGUGAAUAAGGAGACGUCCUUCAGAGUUGUUCAUUCAAGAUA